AUGUCGAAUAAAAAUGCGAGUCAACGUCUUUAUCUUGGGCUCGAUUUGAGUACUCAGCAGUUGAAAGGUAUUGUAAUUGACGAACAAUUACAAACCAUUGCUGAAUACGCUAUAAGUUUUAAUGAUAAAUCUACGCUUGUUCAUCACGUUCAACCAAAUGGUUUCAUUGUCGACAAAGAUGAUAAUCGUUGCGUGACUACACCAGUUUACGUAUUUCUUGAAGCAAUCGAUGUUUUAUUUCAAAAGUUACGCGAUCAGAAAAAGUUCGAUCUGUCGAAUAUUGUCGGUGUAUCAGGCUGUGGACAACAGCAUGGAAGUGUUUAUUGGAAGACGAGCAGUGAAUUAGAAAAGAUCAAGAAUUUUCACGCAGGAGAAGAAAAUGUAUCGUUGGUUGAUCUUUUACAAUCGUCAUUUUCACGCAUUGAUUGCCCAAUAUGGAUGGAUUCGUCUACGACAGAAGAAUGUCAAAUAUUGGAAAAAACAGUCGGAAAUGCUGAAAAUCUUUUUCAAAUAACUGGUUCGAAAGCGUAUGAGAGAUUUACUGGUAGUCAAAUAAUGAAAGUUGCUCGGAAAACACCCGAAAUCUAUGCACAAACAGAACGAAUUCAAUUGAUAAGUAAUUUUCUCGCCACUAUUUUACUCGGUGAAUAUGCACCUAUUGAUUUAUCCGAUGGUUCCGGAAUGAAUUUACUCGAUAUUCGACAGCAUCAAUGGUCAAACGAAUGCUUGAAUGCAUGUGGAAAAGAGUUGGAGAAAAAACUAUCGACGAAACUUGUGUAUCCGAGAACAGCACUGGGACCAAUUGCAAGUUACUUUGUUGAACGAUACGGUCUGAAUAAACAAUGUCAAGUUGUAUCAUGCACAGGUGAUAAUCCAUCAUCGUACUAUGCAUUAGCAUCCGAUCCGAAGACGGUUGUUAUUAGUUUGGGUACAAGUGACACGGUUAUGGCGUCAAUACCUGCAAGUGCUAUGCCAAAAGAAGCGUUUGCUGGUCAUUUGCUGGUUAAUCCGCUGAAGGCGUAUCCAGAGAGUAAUCUGUUGAUGCUAUUGCUUUGCUUUAAAAAUGGGUCACUUGUUCGGGAACGUGUACGUGAAGAAACAGGUACGAAAGAUUGGAAAGGCAUGAGUGAACUGCUCGGUCAAACACCUUCGGCAAAUAAAGGUGUUAUUGGGUUUUUCUAUGAUGAUCAUGAAAUUUUACCACACAAUGUUCAAGGAAGAUUCUAUUUCAAUGCUGACGGUGAACAAGUCAAUGAUUUGGAAGCGGCAUCGAAAGUCAGAGCUUUAGUGGAAGGUCAAUUGCUUGCUAAACGCCUCUACCUUCAACGAGCAAAUGUUGAUUUAAAUAAUAACGUCGAUCAAAUUGUUGUUACCGGUGGUGCAUCUGUUAAUACUGACCUAUUACAAAUAUUAGCAGAUAUCUUCGCUAAGCCGGUAUAUACUGCUUCAGCACCUAAUUCGGGCGCUUUAGGUGGUGCUUUACGUGCAGUUGAUGUUAUCAAUCAAAAACCAAAUACAGUUUCUUCCACUGUUGAAUGUGUCGUUGCUGCUAAGCCACGCGGUGAAUAUACAUCAUUAUACGACGAUAUGCUCAAUCGUUAUGCUAAAUUAGAAGAUAAAAUUGUCCAAGAGAAAAAACAGUGA